AUGUCAUUAUCGGGUUAUGUUGCUCAUAAGUUAAGUAAGAAUAAACCGGGAAAUAGAUCUGAUAUUGGUUGGGAGUAUGGAAUUGAUGUUAAUAGCAAUUCUAAGAAAGUUAAAUGCAAAUUUUGCUCUAAAAUAUUCUCGGGUGGAAUAUAUCGUUUCAAACAUCAUUUAGCUUGUACACACAAAGAUGCUGAGUCUUGUAUUAGUGUUCCUGAUGAUGUGAAAUUAAAGAUAGCGGAUAAGAUAUUUCAAAUGUUAGAUGCAAUUGUAGAAGAAGUUGGAGAAGAGAAUGUUGUUCAAAUAGUUAGUGACAAUGCUGCUAAUUACAAAUUAGCUGGUGAAUUGUUGAUGGAAAAAAGAAAAAGGUUAUAUUGGACUCCUUGUGCUGCCCAUUGUAUUGAUCUCAUGUUAGAAGAUUUUGAGAAAAAAAUACAUGUUCAUACCUUGACAAUUCAGAGUGCCAAAAGCAUAACAAGUUCAAGAAAUUGGAAAUCAAGUUCAUUCUCGAGUACGGUUGAUGGAAAGAAAAUUGAGGCAAUGGUUAUUGGUAGUCGAUUAUGGUCAAAUAUAAUUACAUGUCUCAAAGCUGCGAGACCUCUAAUUAAAGUACUUAGAAUGGUGGAUUCAGAUGUUAAGCCUGCCAUGGGUUUUAUUUAUGAUCAAAUGGAUGAAGUUAAGGAAAAGAUUAGAGUCAACUUCAACAAUAUAAAGAGAAAUUAUGAACUUAUUUGGAAGAUCAUUGAUGAACGAUGGGCAAUUCAACUCCACAAACCCUUACAUGCUGCUGGUUAUUAUCUAAAUCCUCAAUAUCAUUAUAGUUGUGAUUUUAAAUCUAAUUUUCAGAUUAAAAAGGGUUUAUAUAGUUGUAUUGAAAGGAUGAUAACAGAUGAAAAUAUGAUAAAUAAGAUAGAUAGCCAGCUUGAAUCAUUUAAAAAUGCAAGAGGAUUAUUUGGUUCUAAAUUUGCAAAAAUGGCAAUAAGCACAAAGUCUCCAGCUGAAUGGUGGGAUUCUUAUGGUGAUGAAUGUCCAGAGCUACAAAUGUUUGCUAUUAGAAUACUUAGUCUUACUUGCAGUUCAUCUGGAUGUGAACGGAAUUGGAGUGCAUUUGAAAUGGUGCAUACAAAGCGUAGAAAUUGUCUACAUCAACAAAAACUGAAUGACUUGGUAUUUGUCAUGUACAACAUGAAGUUAAAUGACACGCAAGUAUUAAGAAAAUACGUUGAAGAUGUUUCUUCUGAUGAUGAGUGGAUAACUGAAGAAAAUGAUGCGUAUAAUUAA